CGCUGCUUCUGGGCUGCAGGGUUCAGUGGAGCCUCCGCCGCUGCAGCUGCUGCUUGGACGGACUCGCUGCUCCUCCUCCUCCUCCUCCUCCUCCUCCACCCGGUGCGGAUUUGGGACUGGCAUCGCCGCGGGCCGGGCGAGAUGGGCGUGCACGUGGAAACCAUCGCCCCAGGGGACGGGAGGACCUUUCCUAAGCGCGGGCAGACCUGCGUGGUGCACUACACGGGUAUGCUUGAAGAUGGGAAAAAGUUUGACUCCUCUCGAGACAGGAACAAGCCAUUCAAAUUCGUGAUGGGCAAGCAGGAGGUCAUCCGUGGCUGGGAAGAAGGGGUUGCCCAGAUGAGUGUUGGCCAACGGGCCAAGAUGAUCAUCUCGCCAGACUACGCCUACGGCCUUACCGGCCACCCGGGAAUCAUCCCACCCAACGCCACUCUAAUUUUUGACGUGGAGCUUCUCAAAAUGGAAUGACAAGAGGCGCAGGUCCUCCCAUUUCCCUGCUCUGGGGUUUGGCACAUGGAGAAAUCCAGAAAUCUUUGCUUCAAGAUGAAUGCACAUGAAUUUGUAUGGAGCUUUCCCCAGCUGUCCACUACACUCUUGGUGUAACCAUCCACCCUGAUUUGAAUGUUUUGGGUCACUCGGCUCCGCUUCUGACUCUCCUUCCUCGUUUUCCUCUGAUUUUUGACGUUUUUAAGCGACAUGCUGUAAACCUCAGCUUUUUUUUUCUUUUUUUUGGGUCAAGUUCUUUAAUCUUAUUUUUGUUUUUUGUUUUUGGGUGUAGAUUGAGUUGUGUAUGAUUGAGCAUUACUAGUAAAUAUACUGAUUGGUUCACAUUAUAUAGGAAUAAUUGCUUGAAGAAGGCAAACUUUUGUUUUGUUUUGGAAGUAUCUAUUGUAUUAAAAAAAUCAUUUUGCUGCUGCAAAGCCAUACAAAAGCAGUUUAAGGAGCUAUUGAGGGCUGAUUCAUCCCAAAAGCCGUGUAAAUCAUAGGAGUUGAUCUGGUUCUCUGCCUGAAACUUGGGGCCACAAGGGACUCCCCCCUCUCUCCCCCCCCACGCCCUUCUCACUACUAUUUUGGGGAAGGGGCAGUUUUCAGUGACAUAGCACCAUCCGUGUUGCUCUGGGGCAGUUCUUGCUCUCAUGUCAUUGACCCCUUUUCCCCUGCCAACGUCGUGGUCUGUGGCGUUUUCUACUGGAUUUUCAGGAUAUUUUUAACCUUUAGCAGUAUGAAUUCCACGGCUAGCUAAAUGCAAGAACAAUGAAGGUGCUGUUUACCAUAGGGCGAAGGGAUAAAUCCCUGCCACCUCCCCAGCCAUCAGUGCGGAUAUGCUAGAGAGUUCUUUACUGAGAUCUGAUGCUGGUCAUCGCAGCUUGCAACAGCCUCGUGUACAAUGCACCGACCCCUCCUGGCGUCCUACCGACCCCCCCCCCCCGACCCCCCUCUUUCCCAUGUAGUGAAUUUUGGUAAGAGAAUUGCCGCUGCCACUUCCUCCACCAACACCAUCACCACGUAAACAUAUAGAGUUUUAUUAUCGCAAUAAAAACGCUUUAUGCUGGCUUUUCUCAA